AUGACAACCUUCGAGGAUGUGGUGUCGAGGCUUGCAGUAGCACAGACACGUUUAUUAAAAUUAGAGCGUUUACUCGACGACAUGGAAGGUAUUUGUCGCGUCAAAGCACAUCUCCAAAGCCUGAAGCUGACCAGCGCUGCCCUAAAGACGGCACCAAGUGAUUAUUACGCAUGGUCGCUAGCUCAGAGAGCGGACUAUCUGGGCUGCAACAUUCCGCAUCUUUGUAAAAGCAUCAUUGUGGAAAAUGUGGCUAACCCUCAAAGCGGAGUUGAGGAUCCGCUUAACAGCCGUUAUUAUUGCGUAGUAUUGCAGUAUAAUUCAAAGCUAGAUGCGGAGCAGCUUCGUCGCUUUGUGCGUAACAGAAUCCCCGAGGCUUGUCGUCCAGCAAAGAAAAAAAUUAAUUUCCAGCACGCCUCCGCAAAGGCAUCGCAGGAGCUCACAGGCUUCGCCCACAAUGGAGUAUCGCCAUUUGGCAUGAAGACACCUAUUCCGGUGAUAGUGGCAGGCGCUGUCACCAAGCUUAGACCAUCUUUUAUAUGGCUUGGCGGGGGUGCCGAAAAUGUAAAGAUCCGCAUAUGCUGGCAAGAUUUGGUAAAGGCCCUUGAAGCACCAGUAGCUGACGGCAUAACAAUUCUCAGAGAGGACAUGAUUAAAGCGUAA